AUGAUAAAAGUCUAAAGAAUUUUACUUAUUGAAAAUUUUUUAGGUGCUGGACUAAGAAACUUAAAAAAAUUGAAAAUCGCUUUGUGUUAUGCAUAAAUAAAGUAUAUUUGAGUUCAUAUUUAGAAAAUAAAAAAGAAAUGAAAAAAAUGAAUUACGUUAGUUGACAUUUAAUAAUAAUUUUAUAUAGAAUAUUUAUAUUGAAUUUUUGUCAACUGAUUUGAUUAUUGAUCAUAAUUCCUUUGAAUUAGAGAAUGAGAGGAUAAUGCUUUGA